AAAAAGACUUGCCAAAUAAGACCAGAGUCGCACUUUCCUAUCAAAACUUGUGGGAGUCAAAUGCUUGAAACAUUAUGCAGACAUCACUUAUCCUAGCAGUUCUGGUGGCAGUGCGAUAUUCCGCAGCACAAAGCUUUUGCACCCCGAAUCAAGUAACAUGCGACAUCCAUCGUAAAUCCUACACGCGUUGUCCUGCAGACGGCGUUUUUCCAGCUGGCGAAAACUUGGCUCUGUUUCACUGUCCGGCAUCUACCUUCUGCGUCGACACUGUAACCACUGGGACAGCUCCACUUCCAAUUACACCAAAAACAACCGUGCCGCCCACAACAACUACCGGAACGACCACAACUACCACGCCGACCUCAACAACCACGCCGACCACAACUACCACGGAGUCCACAACCACUGAACCUGCCCCUGGUGGCCGAAUCUUAUUAAAUUUCUCGAGAUCCAGAGCAGCUAGGGUAGCUAGGCAGAUCGCAUCAAAUACAGCACCGCCGUUCGUCCCUCCAACUGAUAUUCCUGGCUUAAGUCCUUGUUUAAGUCUGUCAUGCCGAGCUCCUGGAAUAGUUGGUGUUGGAUAUCCUGCUUGCGAUGUUUACUAUAGCUGUCAUGCAAUUAACGCAAUCCCUUACGUUGAUACGUGCCCCGCUGGUCAGCAUUUCAACAACCGCACUCGAGUUUGCGGGACGCCGGCGCUGGCUGGAUGUGACCCAAGCUUAACAACCCUACCCUCAACCCUACCCUCAACCCUACCCACAACAACGCCCACAAUCACCCCAGCACCAAAUGUGCCCACGACCAUGACCCUUCCAACAACUGCACCGGUGGUGCCGUUGUGCGCCGGCAAACACAAAAUCGUGGAUUCCACCAGCUGCAGGAGUUUCUACAAGUGCGGAUUCUUCAACAGAACUCCCAGGAAAAUGCGGUGUCCAUUCCAACUUCGAUAUGACGCAGGCACAGGCCGUUGCAGAAUAAAUGUUAAUUGUGGAUCAAGGCCUGAUAAUUAAAGAUUUUUUCAUUCUUUAAAACCUGAGUGCUUUCUUCUAAACUUGAUGAAAUAGAAAAGUUUGAAUAAUUUUUUAAUCAAGUUUAGUAGCACUUCAUAUCUUAUAUAAUUCCGCUCGCUAGUAUAUAUUGUAUUAUAUUUAUACAUCCUUAAAAUAUUUAAUUUAUUUUGCCAAUAUGGUUGUACAUGCUGAGACGGAUAGGAAUACUAGGGGUUAUUCACUAUGUCUCUGAUUUUGUAUUUGCAGUUUUCUCAAUAUGUUGUGAAUUAGGUAAAAGUUACUUUGCAACGACCGCAAAAAUCCUCAGAGUUGUAGUAAAGGCACCUCCUCUGUUGUUAGUAUUAAACUCAAUAAAAAACCCGACUGCUGCAGUUAGCAUCUCAUUGUCUUCAUUAUUAGUUUUGAACGCGUUUAGGCAAUUUUUUGCGUCGGGCCAUACAAUUUUUAAUGAGAAAGUGUUGGUCCACGCAUCACUUACAUAUUUAAGAUUGAAAUAAUAAUAAAAGUUAAUUUAUUAAAUACAA